CUCCGGCUGGGAAAAAAAGUGUGGACAUAAAAGAUUAUUUUCCGGUUAAUGUGGUGUGUAAAGUAGUGAUUAGUGAAGUUUACUUCUGAAGGGGUUGUGACAUGAGGGAGAGGAGCAGGAGGUGGAGGAGGAGAGGUGAGUGUGUUGUUAAUCGCUGCUAGGAGAUAAACAAGAGGCUGCCAGCACGGUUGACCUGUCCAACAUGGCGGCUCUGGUCCCCGGCGAGGCGACAGCUCCUCCAUCUCUGUCCUCUUUCCCACCCUCAGCCGCUCAACUCUCAGGUGCUAAUAUCUGCUGAAGAUGAGUAGUGGCGGAGGGCACCCCACCCUGGAGCUCGCCAGAGGGGGGGAGUCCCAGAAGAGAAAAGACUGUCCUUCAGACCAGCUGGAACCCAGCCCCAAGAGGAGCACGGAGAGGAGGAACCGAGAGCAGGAGAACAAGUACAUCGAGGAGCUGGCCGAGCUGAUAUUUGCCAACAUCAACGACAUGGACGACCUGAACGUGAAGCCCGACAAGUGUGCCAUCCUCAAGGAGACGGUGAAGCAGAUCAGGCAGAUCAAAGAGCAAGAAAAAGCUUUAGUGACCGACACAGAGGAGGUGCAAAAGGCAGACAUCUCGUCAACGGGGCACGGCGUCAUUGAUAAAGACACUCUCGGGCCCAUGAUGCUGGAGGCACUAGAUGGCUUCUUCUUUGUGGUCAACAUGGAGGGCAACAUCGUGUUCGUGUCGGAGAACGUCAGCCAGUAUCUGCUCUACCAGCAAGAGGAGCUGAUAAACACCAGCGUGUACAGCGUGCUGCAUGUUGGGGAUCACACGGAGUUCAUCAAGAAUCUGUUGCCCAAAAGCCUUGUCAAUCAACAUAGCGGCGAUUCGUUGCGCAGGAACAGCCACACCUUCACCUGUCGUAUGCUCGUCAACCCGCACAUGGAAGGUGACGGGCGGCAAGUGUCCGAACAGCAGGAAGCGUCCCAGCAGAAGUACGAGACCAUGCAGUGUUUCGCAGUCUCCGAGCCCAAGUCUAUGAGGGAGGAGGGGGAAGAUCUGCAGUCCUGUCUCAUCUGCGUGGCCAGAAGAGUUCCCGUGAAGGAGAGAGCUGCCAUGUCCUCGUACGAGAGCUUCACAACGCGCCAGGAUCUUCAAGGUAAGAUCACAUCUUUGGACACCAGUCUGCUGCGAGCUUCCAUGAAGCUGGGCUGGGAAGACCUGGUGCGCCGCUGCAUCCAGCGGUUCCACCUGCAGAAUGACGGUGACAUAUCCUUUGCUAAGAGACACCAGCAAGAAGUGUUGAGGAACGGCCAGGCGCUCAGCCCCCUGUACCGCUUCUCCCUGUCGGACGGCGCCAUAGUGUCGGCUCACACCAAAAGCAAACUGGUCAGGUCACCGGCCACCACCGAGCCGCAGUUCUACCUGUCUCUGCACAUCCUAAAGAGGGAGAACAUGAGCGCCAUGCCUCUGGAUGUGACGGCCUGCCUGGGCGGGGCCAAGUCAGUCGCUAUGAGCAGCGCCUCCCCAGACGCCACGGUCACCAGCAAUCACUUCACCACGUCUGCGUGCGGCUUUGGCCAAGCCCCCACGCCGCAGGGAAACGGCCACAUGCUCAAGCUGGGCAGCCCCUCAGCCCCGCAGGGAAGCCCCAGUGUCACAUCCGGGGCCCAAGGUGCCAUUUUAUCCCCUCGCCAUCACCACAGCCCCAAUAUGGUGGCUAGCAGCAGCAGCGCUAGCAGCAGCAGCGCUAGCAGCAGCAGCGCUAGCAGCAGCGCUAGCAGCCCCCACCUCUCCCACCGCCCUUCCGGUUCUUUCUCACCUGUUAGUGGACUCCACUCACCAGCAUCUGUCGGCAGCAGCACAUCAAACAACCACAGCUUCAGCAGCAACCCGCUUGGUGCCCUGCAGGCCCUCGGCCAGGCACACAGGUCUUCACAGGGCCAGCAUCCCGACUCCCCUGACACCAAAGCUCUUGCCCUGCUCAGCCCUCUUUCGAGCAGUCAAGAUAAGGACAAUCUCAGUUUAGAAGCAGACUUGCUCGGAACGUUUGGGGAGCAUCAGGACUUGUUGUCGUUUCAAAACAAGGAGGACGAGCUGGGAAAAGAUGAGGACCCCGAUGACUUUGACGACCUGCAUGAACUGGGCGACACCCCAGACCGCCUUCUGAACAACAAAGGUCACACCCAGUUGCUCCAACUCCUCACCACCAAGUUGGAACCCCCGGAUCCCUGCUCGUCUCCCCUGGGGGAGCAGAACUGUAAAGAGCUGGCUGGCUUAGGUGGGGGACCCAACAACCACUCCACCUCCCUCAAGGAAAAACAUAAAAUUCUUCACAGGCUGCUGCAAAACAGCAGCUCACCCGUGGAACUGGCCAAGCUGACGGCCGAGGCCACUGGGAAAGAACCCACCGGCCCUGAGUCCGCCGUAGAUGACAACAUGGCCGUCAUGGGCGAGCUGGGCAUCAAACAGGAUCCGGAGAGCCCUAAAAAGAAGGAUAACGUGUUGCUCCGCUACCUGCUUGAUCGCGACGAUAACGGCAUCCUGGAUAAAGCAAUCAAGAUGGAGACUGCCGAUGGUCCGAAGCUGUCCAACAUCAAGACGGAGAAACUGGACGCAGGCUACAACAUGGCCGACCAGACCAGCGAGCUAGAAGACCUUCUCGAGGGGCUUCAGGGCGGUGGCCAGCAACUGUUCCCCCGGCAGCCCCCUUGCAGAGGCCCGACCGCUGCUUCAGCCACCUCUUCCUCUGUGGCGCCCGGCUUCUCCACGGACAAGCAGAGCAUCAUUGGUGACAUCCUGCAGAUGAUGGACAGCGGCCACGGCAGCCCACCACCCCAGCAUCGCGCCUUCCCUGGCCAACCAGCUCGAGUUUCUUCUGCGAGAAGCACGUCUCUGGAUGGCGCUAUGGGUCUUGGUCCUGCCAGGCCUCUCCCCCCACAGCAAAGGAAUACCAACCCCUAUCCGUUACUACAGCAGCAGCAAGGCAUGAUGGGUAGCUGUGCAGGCACAGCUACCAACCCAAAUGUACGGGGCCCCAUGCAGCAUGACUGGGUUCCCCAGGGGUCCACAGGAGCCACCCCAGCACCAGUCAUGGUCCAAUGUGUCAGACCAGUCCGUAUGGUCCCGAACAUGAACAGUGCUGUGCCAGCUCGAAGCACCGGUGUGCCUGCGUCCAGAUCUGUGGUCAACAUGCAGAUGAUGGGCAGCGAGAUAGAGAUGGAUAACUCGGCCUACCCUCAGCAGCACACACCGUCCAAUCAGACGGCUGCUUGGCCUGACAGGAUGACGAUGAUGGAUCACUAUGGAAACCAAAGCAGGUCGUCAUACAACGUUUUUCAGGAGGACAGGAUGGGCUGCUGCGGGGCGGGGCCCGAGGGUCCAGCGGAUGAAGGAACCCUCCUGAACCAGCUGUGCUCAGUGCUGAAGGACUAUGAGGGACUGGAAGAACUUGACAAGAUGUUGGGGAUCCCCACACUGGCUGGACAGGGUCCUCUGUCGGACCAGGACCAGUUCUUCAGCUCCACCAUAAAGCCUCCCCUGUACAGUCAACACUACGCGGCUCAGUCGGGCUAUGGCGGAAUGUCUCCUGACAGCUCCUACCUCUGCCCUUCUAUGGGCGGCCACAUGGGGCAGCAGAGAGUCGGCGGCUACCCACCAAUGAUGAGGAUGCCUGGGGGUGCCGGGCCCAGAUCAGCCGGCAUGAAACCCGGUGGGCCAAACCCCAUAGUGCCACCGCAGCCCAACAACUUGAGGCUGCAGCUGCAGCACAGACUGCAGGCCCAGCUGAACCGCCAGCCCAUGGGGAACCAGAUGGGUGGCGGGUCCAGCAUGAAUCUACCUCUCAGGUCCAACGUUCCAAACCAGGGAUCGUUCAACGCUCAGAUGUUGGCUCAGCGUCAGCGCGAGUACCUCAGCAACCACCUGCGCCAACGCCAGCAGCAGCAGCAGCAACAACAUGUGCACCAGCAGCGUGCCAUGAUGGCCGUCAACAUGUCCGCCCCCAGUUCACGUGUCUCACAAAGCAACGAGCAACAGUUUUCCUACCCGGCCCCCAGUUACGGCAUGAGUCAGCAACACCAGGAUAUGGCGUCGGGCUUCCUGUGUGCGUCCGGGACCUCUCAAAGUGCCAUGUUGUCCCCCAGGAUGACGCAGGCCCAGAGUGCAAUGCUACAGCAGAACCAGACCCAAAUGCAGGCAGGGCCGCAGGGCUACCCGAGCAGCGGCGGUAACGACCUCAACGGAUGGAUUCAAUCUGCUAACACGAGCAACAGCAUGUACCAACAACAAAGUCAGUACUCCUCACAAACCACUGGAGGCAUGUACAACAUGACCCAUAGAGGAGGCAACAUGAACCACAUGCCAGGUCACAUGACCGCCAUUCCUACCAUGGCGUCUGAGCAGGUGAGCGACAACAGACUGAUCCCGGAUCAGCUGGGAGGAAUGGACGUGCUGACUCAGGAGGCCAACGUCAAUUCUAACUUUUGCUGACUCUGGACACAAAAUGCUGCUUAGUUUGACAUCCAGAAAAGGUGCAAAUGUUGUCUCAACCAAAAUACUUCGUACAAAGCUGAUUCCCUUUAAAUGCACAAAGUGUCCCUAAAGUCUGGACAUAUAAUGUAGAUCAUUUAAGCAAAAAAAUGACCAUUUAGUUCAUUUAAAAUGUAAUUGGUAAUUAUUAAUAAUUACAAAUAAAAUAAAAUGUAAUAAAAUAUACUUAACAAAAAUACAUAGUACGCAUUUAUGUUAUAUUUUUUAUAUCAUAUUUUUUACAUUUCAACAAAUGUUGAAAAACAUUUAUGAUUGCAUAUUAAAUGCUUAAUAAAAUAUAUAUGUUUGUAUAUAUACGUGUAUAUAUAUGUAAAUAUAUGUAUAUAUACACACCCAUUAAAAAGAUGCAGUCAUACUAUAUUAUUUAUUCAGAUUUUAUGAUUUAUAUAGAUUUAUACAACUAAAGUAAAAAUAAUAUAAUUAUAAAUAUUUAUACAAUUAUAUAAUACAUUAAAAAAAUAAAAACUUGUCUAUUUGUUUGUAUUAUAUAUAUUACAUGUUUAUAAUUGCAUAUUACAUGCUUAAAAAUGAUAACAAAUGUAAUAUUUUGUUUACUUAGAUGCAUUAACAAAUAGAUACUUGUAUAUUAAAUGCUUGUAUGUCCAGACUUUAGUAACAAACGCACAACUUUGUCAAGUUCCUUUUCUGAUGGGGUUGAAGAAAUGAAAAACAUCUAAAUAUUGUAUAAUUAUUCAUUCAAAUUAGAUUUUAGCAUGGUUGUUGUUUUGUUUUCAAAUUUUAUUUUUGAGGCUCUCACACGCUCAUGAAUAUCCGACAAAAACUUUGAAGCUAUUUAUAAGAUUUAAGUAGAUGAAAAUGUAUCUUGUAUACUAAUUUUAAAAAUAGAAUAAUAUAUUUCAGGUGCUGUACUUUAUGGC